AUGGCCAAAGGGGACGGUGAGAGUUUAUCGAACAUAAAAAAAUCUUGCACUGUGACCAACUCGUCCCUAGAUCUUCAUUUUUGGUUUCUGGAUAUCAGUUUUAAUCUGUGCGGGACAGAUUUGUUGUUGAAAAACCCGUCUGCUGCCGAGCAGGAAAACAAUAUGGCGUGUGAUAGUGACGAAGAAGAUGAUACCGUUAUAGAUUUUUCUCUUAAGAAUUCAACAGGAGGUGUCCAUAUUUUUGAUUUUAAGUACAGUAAUGGAGCUUCUCCGGAAGAAUUGAGGAACUUUGUAACGAAUGAAAUUGUCAAGGUGUUCGGAAAUUCGCCUGCCAAUUCAUACAAAGAAAGUCAAACAUCUUCACAAACGAAACAAGAUCUAAACAAGUCUUCAAACAUUCAAUUUGCCACUGACACCAAUCAUAAUGUUCUUAGUUUGAAUAAAGUCAACCAGGAUGUUUCUCAAACUUCUCUUAAUAAACAAUUUGUUUGCAUUCUUUUGCAAGAUGGCUCUGUCCUUCGUGCUAAGUGCAAAACUACGGAUACAAGCAGCAGCAGUAACUUGUCAACAUUUUCCUCUUCGCCUGUAAGACAAAACAACCAAGAAUUGUUUCAAGUUGCUAGUGAUGAGUCAUAUGCACAAUCAUUGCAACGGACAUUAAAUACCCUAAAUGAUACAGUAAAUUUGCUAUCAGGAAGACGUUCCUACCUUGGUAGGGGUCCAAUUCAAACAUUUAAUAAUAGAAAUUUAGGUCAAGGGACAUCACAAAUGGCUAAUCAGCACAGAGAUGUUUUGCAAACAAAUGUUGUAUUAAGCCCUUCCUUACACAGGUUGUCUCCAACUCUUAGGGGAAGCCGUUACAUGCCAUAUGAUCGUGAUAGUAGAUCAAAUCGUAGACAUAUUCAAAUGGGACAUUUAUUGAAUACUCCAUUAUCACGAACUGUUAUGUAUUCUACAGAUGAAGAAAUGACUGGUACAUCAAUAAUACCUGAUAAUACACAAAUCGAUCUUCUGGAUAAUAUUACAAUGGUAGCAUUGGAAAAUGGAACUCCUGAGGGGGAAAUAAGGUUACCAAACUACCCACAACCUACAAUAAAUAUUGAACCCUAUGUGCCAGCCCAGUCUAAUCUAGGUACAGAAAUUGAGUCAAGAUCAUCAGAUAAUUCAGAGAAUAUAUUUAAUUCUGAUCAAUCGUUACCAAUAUUUGGGGAAUGUAGUGUUGUUGACCUAAGUUCAAUUGAGAAUAUGGACUUGGUAUCUGUAAAUGGAAGACAGAGUUUUACUCAAAAUGAUUCUAUUGGAGUAUUAAAUAGUAGGAAGGUGGAUAGUCCAAAAUUAUCUAGUUCAAAACAGAAAAAGGAUGUUGAAAGUUCAGGUUGUGAUAAAAAUAACAAAAUGAGUUGGGUCUCCAAAGUUGGUGAUGCCAUUGAAAGUGGUCUAACUGAUGAGGUUAUUUUCACUGCAAUCUAUGCAAUGGAAAGUUCUUUUUUGUUACUGGAUGCUGCUGGUGUUUUAUGGUUUUGGUUUAAUGAUGAAUCAACUCCUAAAAAAUCAACAUUUACUUGGAACGGGAAAGAAAAGAUCACGUGUAUUGGUUGUAAUAUGUUCAGGGCCACAGUUGUCCUUGAGUCAAAAGGCUGUGUUACAUUUUAUGACAGAGCUUUUUGCAUACGAAACGGGGGUACAGAACCUACCUUGAUAAAAACACUAUCACACGAACCAAUGUAUUUUAAUGAAAUCAUUAAUGAAGAUAUCGCUGAUGUGCAAUGCUCAACAUUCUUCACAGUUCUUCAAACAAUUACUGGAAAAGCUUUUUGGUGGGGUUUGGCUCCUUCAUCAGAAAGGAAUUUAAAUGUUAAACCAAGCCAAUUUAAUUCCCAUGCCAAUACUGAAAUAUUGGUAGGUGAUACUGUUUCACUCUCAAAGCAAGAUAAGAAUGAGACCGGCGCUUUAGUGUUUAACAAUAUAACUAGUCAAUUUGGUGUUGUGUUGGGAAAAAUGUAUGAUGGAGAUACUCGAAACGAGUCUACAAUUAAAAAGGUAGAUGUCAGAGUUUUUUCUGAGCAGUUGUUAAAUAAAGAAGAAGAGAAAGUAAAACCUAAUGCUGAAGUAUGGGAAUCUAAAGAUGUAGUGUUUUUGCAAGACCAACACUCUUUUACUGGCAAAGUUGUCAGUUUAGAUGGUCCUUAUGCUAUUGUUAAGCAUACAGAAAUAGAAACAGAUGUGACACAGUUAAAAGUUUAUUUUAAAGCAUCACUAGAAAAAGUUAAUAGCGAGCAAAACUGCAAAACAGGAAGAAAUCGAUAUCAAAAACAUAUUUCACUCAAUCCAAAAGAAGUAUUUACAAAUAAGAAUUUUACUAUUGCUGCAGUUGCAGCCAGUGAACUUGGUAUUACUUUGCUUGUCAUUAGAACUGUGGAUAACAAGGCAUUUUUAAUGUAUCCGCAAUGUUUAAACUACCAUUAUUCAUCUUGGUUAACCUGUGGUAAAUCGCAAAUUGAUGAAAAUGAAGUUUUAACACCAGAUUCAAACUCCACUGUUGAGUAUGAAGCAACACCAGCGUAUGAAUCAAACUUAUGUCUUGCCAUAGAAAAAAGAAAACCUAGAUUUAGCGAAGAACAGAACAUCUGUAAACAAGAUAGGGAUAUUUUUAAUGUCAGUGAAACAGAUGAAGAAUUACUAAGUAAGGCAAAAUCACUUCAGGAAUUAGAUAACAGUUUAAAUAAACAAGGAAGAUUUCCAAGGUUUUCCAGAUCGUUUUCAAUGCCAACUGGCCAUACCUCUGGUGAAAAGAAUUUAAAACGAAAACUUGUCAAUGGAGAUGAUAUUUCUCAUCAUGAUUUUGAUAGUACUACUCUUAUUAGACCCAAAUUGUUUUCAAUUGGAAAUUUACAUAACCAGUGCACAUUAAUGUUAGACAAUAAAGGGUGUGUUUACCCCUUCCGGUUUAGCUGUUGUUUAGUUAAUCCACCUCUGCUUGAAAUUUGUCCAAUGACAUCAUUUAUUUUGCUGGAGAGGGGUAGAAACAAAACAGAUAAGAUUCUCACAGUUCUUGCAGUGCCUAAAAAAGCACCUUUGACAACAGCCAUUAAAAACGGUGAUCUGGUUGCCGUAAAGAACUUGCUGUCAAUGGGUCAAGUGGAUGAAAAUUCAAAGAAAAAAAUGAAGGUAGACAUUACGUCUGAUUUAAAUCCAGUUGGCAAUGAAAUUGAAACGAAAUCAAUGUUUGGCGAAUACUGUAACGGCAAUCAGAACGUCAUGCAUAUUGCUGUGGCAAAUAUUAUAAAAACAUCUGUAAAAUCACCUGUACAAGGAAAUAUCAUGGAUGUGAGAAAUGAAGAAGAAAAUGCAAUAUUGCAACAACUGCUGAACAAUCCUUCAACAUGGUUGAAAAUAAAAACACUUCUUUGUGAGCGUGACAGUCAUGGUUGCACACCAUUCAUGAGCGCCAUUAUGAUGCAAAACCUUAGAGGAGCUUAUCUUAUCUUAGAAGCUAUAAAACGAGAUGGUAAAAAUGCAUGUAAAACUGCGGUACCUUCUGAUAUGAAUCUAUUCACAAAGGCAAUAUGCACACCCUUAUUUUCUGGGUUAACUCCACUUCAUGCAUUAAUACAAAAUUCUUCAAAGAAGUCUUCAUCGCAACAAUGGUUCAACACGCUGAAAGUAUCAAAUCUCCCACCAAGUUAUUCACCCAGACUUUUGUUAAAACUUUUUAAAUCCCGAUUUCCAUCUGUAUAUCGGGCCAUCAUGCCCAUACCUAAACCAUGUUGGCCAAAAAGAAGUGUUAGAGAAAAGGCAAAAGUUUUUGAAAAAAAGCAACCUCCAGAAACACAAUCAAAGAAAGGAAAAAUAAAACUGAACACACCACAACGUCCACCAUCGUACAUUAACAUUGGACCUCGUUAUGGUGCCAGUAGUGCAAGAUACACCAUCAAUCGCGCUGAUAUACUCAGGGCUAAUGCCAAGGAAGGCUUAGUUAUGUUUGGUGAUUUGAACGAAAUGUACCAAGCUAUUACUGAAAUGAAUAAUCACAGUCUUCUUAUGAAAAACGAUCACCCUAGUGGUGCCUUGUUAAGUGUGGUACAACACUUGUUACAAGUUCAACAUUACCAGGAAAAUUUAUCAGAUUUUGUGGAUUCUAAUGCUUUAGCAAAUGAUAAAGCUAAUACGUCUGAUUUUAACAUGGAUUCAGCUGCUGGUAGCAGUUCAACUGCAGCCUUUAAAACUAUUCCAACGUCUCAAGAUUUAUCAUCGCAGAGUCGUGUAGAAACAAUUAGCAAGUGUUUUGAUGACAUCAUGGUGCAUUGGUUAGUUACAUCAUUAAUCACUUGUAACCCUUCGAUUGCAACGUCAGCAAAUGCAGAAGGAGACUCGGCAUUAUCAUAUUUUAUAAAAACAUAUCCCCGAUAUUCCCCAUCACAUUUACACAAAUUAUUUCUUAAUUGGCGACCAUGUAAUCAAACAAGUUGCAAAUACAACCGUCAUGUUGGCAAACUUUCAAUCACAUCGCAAAUUGAACUGGAUGCUAAUGCCCCUUCAAGUAAUCAAGAAAAGAAAAAGCCUGCAAAAGAGAGUGCAAAGAAAACACUCCUUCAUCCAGAUGAUGCAACCCAGUCUUCAUCACACUUUGAAAAUCCCAUCUUAGCAAGAAGAGGCUUACAAUACAAAGGAAACUCUUUAACGUUAAAUGUAAAAAGCAAAUCCCUUCAAACUGACUCCGUUAGUAGUCCUGUUACACCUAGUAUUCGCAUAUUAGAUAAUCUAAAGUUCGCGCCUAUAGAGGUCAAUGCAUCAACAGGGUUAACACCGCAGAUAACACAUCCAUUUUCAGCUGUUGACUCUUUACAGGACAAUGCGCAAGGAUCAACUAAGUCGUCAAAUAUUAGCCCAUUCUUUCCACAAACCAUAGAGAAUACUCCACAGGUGAAUGGAAGCAGUAGUGCGACGCCAAAACGAGACUUAAUUACAUGUAACUGUCAUCGAAGUAAAGCUAGAUUAUUGUGGAACACAACAUUUGAAGCUUCUGUCUUCUACUUAACAAAAAAUUGGCCAUGUCUGGUGGGUACUGUCAUGUGUUAUAAACCUUUUCCACAAAUUGAAUGCAGUGAAAUGAAGUUAGUUGAUUGCAACAAGCUAGAUAAUUUUACUGAGAAUUUGUUGUUAAAUCCCUAUAGCAUAUUAUUGGAAGUUUUCAUCAAAACUUUAAAGAUCAAGUUUCUUGAAAGUAAAAUUAGUCAAAACCCAUCAUUACUGGCAUCUUUACAUUCCUGCAAUCCAACUGAUCAGGAAAUUUUCAGGGGGAAAACGUUUAAUUGUUUGCUGCCUUGGUUUACUGUGCAACGAUUUGUGCGUGCUCUGGUGCGACAACUCUCUCUUAGUUUGAGUAAAAAUGCAACCCUUGGUGCAAAUUUGAAAUACAAAAUUGGUAGACAUGCUAACAAGGUUCAUUCAAAGAAAGAAACAAGAUUGAAAGACAAUUUACGUUUAUGUUUGAAAGCGUUUUCAUGGAUAUCUGUGUUGGAAAUCCUGAGAGCAGCUGACGCUAUGCUAAAGCCAAUCAGAUCGGGUACAGUUAAAGCUCAGUCAAAAGGUAUUAUUCGUGACAUUCAAAGUGGUGGACAACCCCUGGUCAGAUCAACAUUUCCUUCAGGUAUGAGAUUACAUAUUCCAUUGAAUGGUACUGCACAGAACCAAAGAACAGUUAUACGGAGUGCUUCGAGGAGAUCUAAUAGAAUAAGUGCAUCUCUACCAUCUAAUGGAUCGACAAUGCUGAGUGACGACAAUCCAAAUCCUACUGCAUCACGUGAUGACGAAUCAGCUUCAGAUGUCGACGAUGGUAUCGAAAUCAACGAUCAAUAUUCCGAACACGCUUCCCAAUAUGGCCGAAGUGACUUGCAAGGCGUUGGAUGGAACCAAAAUCAAGUGAUUACACCUCAAUCAACAAUAGCUUGGGCUGUAGAUGGACAUGUUAAUCGAAGAAGCGAAAUGUCAAGUAGGCUGCCGCCACCAGGAUUGUGGCAAUUUAAUCAACAAAAUCAACUCCAACAUCAAAUAAUGAAUACUCCUUCUAUUCAUGCUGGAUAUUUGUACCUUGCAAGAAUGUUUUGUCGGCUGGUGAAAGAAGCAACGGAUUUGGCAGCUUCAUUAUCCAACAAUACACAGGAUUACGGUCCAUUGCAAGGAACUUUUUUGGUGAAGCCGCUGGAGUUUAACAACACUGUGGAAGAAACGUUGAUGAAUGAAGCGCAGCAUGUUCUUGAUAAAAGUUGGAAAUGGAUGAGAAAUGUUCUCGACAUGUUGGAACAACAGUUAACUGUUGGAGAGGAAUUUGAUACUAAGCAUUUUGUACUUCGCCUGGAAAAAAGCAGCCAGGAAGGAGAUAUUGCUGGACUUGGACGUCCAUCUUUGGUACACCUGUAUGGUUCGAACCCAGACGAAUACAUGAUGUAUCUGUUGAAGCAGGAUAUGGGAGAAGCUGAAGAUUCUUUGCCAGUGCUUGAUUUGCUGAGCUAUACUCAUCUCACCUACAUCCUGGAUGCAUAUCUUUACAUGAAGAAAGUAAAACCAUUCACAAAAAGAAAACCGGAUGAUGGCACACCCGCUGAGAGUGCAGCGCAAAUGAGUGUAAAUAUGAAAUUCUUUAAGAAUACCAUCGAUGCGGAAGAAAGAUUUAUUGAUGUUAAAAGUGUUCAAAAACAUGUGGAAGAGGUAAAGUCUGUAGCCAAUCACAUUUCAUCUUGGUUGGAUGGUUCAAUUUCAAAAAAAGAGUCUAGGGGAAACGAAUCUAGCAGUAGCGAAAAUGAGGAGUCGGUCGAAUGGAAUCGAACUGUUGAAGCAUUUGCUACUUUAUUUCUAACAGAAGGUCCUGGUUACGAGCGAGACAGUUUUCUAGCUAUCAAAUCUGGUGCAUCGGGAAGAAUGUCAAGGUUUCAACGCUCACUGGCUGCCGUGCGAGGAACAGAUGCGGUCAAUAGGCCAUCAAUUGUUCCUAGUCAGGCGGAGAAUCCCUCUCUUAUGAUUAAUGUUGGUCGGUCGAAACUGCUAAACGAUUGCAUUAAUAUCUUCAGUGAGAGCAUGGACCUUCACCCAUAUGGCACUUUGCGAGUUCGCUUCGAAGGAGAAGAAGGUACUGGACCAGGUGUAAAUCGGGGAUUAUUUGCUGCUUUCGCGAAAGCUUUGAAGAGUGGUGAAAAGUAUAAAGAUUGGCCGGUUGAAUUUUUUGGGGAAUGUGGCAACCUACCUACUCAACGUGGUGUGUUCUCGCCGAAAGUUGGGAAGUAUCAUUAUGUUGAACAACCAAAUGUUUAUUUUGGAUACGCUAUGACACAGGAGAAGCGAUAUUCAACAUUCGUUGCGAUUGGUCGUUUUUUUGGGAUUACAUUGUGGUUCAACCAAACAAUACCCCUUGUGCUGUCCAGACCAGUUUUGCGCUAUUUGCUUGGAAGGGAUGACGAGAUUGUUUUCGACGACCUUGCUUUUUUCGAUUCUGCAUUAUAUCAAAGUUUUUCAGAUUUACUAAUGGAUGCGCUUUCUUCGAAAUAUACCGACGAUGAGUUUAUGGAUGUCUACUGCUUCUGUUUUGAGAUAACUGUGGAUGGACAUACUGAAGAACUUAUGCCUGGAGGCAAACAAAUUAGAGUUACCAAGCAGAAUGUUCUAAAUUAUGUCAGGCUGUACAGUCGCCACCUGCUCAUCACUGCCCGAGAAAACGAACUUCAAGGCUUAAAAGACGGUCUGCAUCAGAUGAUACCAAAAGAAUUGCUUGAUCGACUGGAACCUGAGGACUUACAACUGUUGUUGUCUGGUGGUGUGGAAGAUGUGAGCUAUGCCAGGCUGCGCUCAAUAAUUACAUUCAGUAAUUCUGGAGGCUGUUCACGUGAGAUACUUGAACGUUACAAAUCGUGGUUUUGGAAGAUAGUGUUGAAAAUGUCUUCACAAGAGCGACAAAAGUUACUUUACUUUGCGACAGGAUCGUCUGUACUGCCAGCACUUGACAACAGAGUCGGGAAUAACGAGGAGUUAUCGAUUACACUAGAUAUUAUCAACAGCUCCAAUAAUUUGUCGCUACCCAUGUCUAGUACAUGUGGUCAAAGAAUCAGUAUGCCGUUAUAUACAUCGAAAGCCAUCUUGAAACGAAAGUUAUUACAAGCUAUCGAAUGUCAAAGCUAUGGUCUUGGAUAAGGUUGAUGAUUGGUGUGUAAAUAGUGGAAGCAAAGAGUCGUGGUCACACGAGUUUACGUGUUAUCGUGCAAAGAUGUCAGUGAGACGUGUUGCACAUCAUUCGGUUGCGUAUGAAACUGGUGCUACUUUGUUGAGUGUUGUUUAUUUAUUGUAAAAUUUUAAAACCUUAAAAAGAAAUACUUAGGAUAUAUUCAGAAGCUUGUAUUGUCGGUUGACGAUAAUUUGACGCUCACCUUCUUGGUGGUUGUUUUACUGUCCUAGCUACAUGAAUAUGUUCCUUAAAACUAAGAGCUAAAUCAUUCCACACAAAAUUGUUUUAUCAAUAAUUUUUCUUUGAGUUCUCCCUUCAUUAUCUCUCUAUUUUAAUUUUUUUAAUAUUUUAAAUUAAAACCUUGUCAAUGAAAUAUAUAAAUCGGCUGUAAAUGCCCUUCUAUGUAUUUCUCUAAUUUUGACUGAGUAUUUUAAACUUAAGUACGGUAGCCAUGUUGAACUGUGCGUGGUUAGACAACAUCUCAUUUUUUAAGGAAUUGUAUCGGAUGAUUUUUUAAAAUUCUUUUAGCAAGUUAUCUUGUGGAACGAAUUAUUAAAUAUAUUGAAUUUUUUUGUAAGAUUGAAGUUGUUUGUGCGCAUGUGCGAUGUUACUAAAAAAAACAAUACUUCAAAACACAUGUGAAACGUGUGUUGAAGAAUACUGUAAUAUAGAAGAAUCUCUGCGCAGGAGUACAUGUUAAGUGUUUUGCUGAUCCGAACUAAUCCUUGUAACCCCAUUGUCAUGUUUUUUGGGGUUUUUUGCUUACUUAAAUCUGGCGAGUUAGUAAAAAUAAUUUCGAGUUUUGGCGGUUGUUAUUAUUUAAGGUAGACAGGUGGCUGUUCACGGUACAGUAAAUCAGCACUGCUCUUUUCUGUUAACAAUUCAGAAGCCUGGCCAAAGAAAUAAUUCACAACAUGAGAUAGUAAAGAAAUAAGUUCGAUCAAAAAUAUAGAAAAAAAGUUUCAUAAUAUGUGAUAACAGUGUUAUUGUUGUAGCUAUUGAAGUAAAUACAUGUGAUGUUGCUUGCUUACUUUUUUUAUAUUUGCUCUUUGUAAAUAUUUUUAUAUUUUUUGUGCAUGAUAUGAUCUGAAUAAUUUUAUGUAAUGUGAGCAAAUGCUUAAUGGUAACUUACGAUCA